UCAUCGAUACUUGAAAUAGUUCUCAAUGAGGUUAACGGUCCGAUGUAGAGCUCGGGACCACAGCUGUUUAGAGGAGGACGCCUCUCAUGGAUGGGAUGAGCGAUAACUGAACUGCGAGUAGUCGGGCUCCAGCACAGAGGGAAACGACGCUCGCUCCUAAUUAGACCAAUGUGCCUGAAUGUUUCAUGAGCGGGUCUCACCGCCGCCGGGGAUCACUCUGGAAACAGUGCGACAUGUGAAGGAGCCGAGACCGUUCUAUCCCUCGAGGAAAAGAGGUAAAAGGCCAACGCUGCGGGAGGAACCAUCUGUGGCUGGUUAACGGACUCCUGCUGCCUCCUGCAAUGCCAGAAGAAGCUAAUAAGGACGCCAUGCGGGCGCCGGCCACUCCGGACAAGACAAACGGCAGCGAGCGUCCGGCUGUCGCCAUGACGACGGUGAACGUCCCCCUGGUCAACGAGGUCCAGCUGGCGGCGGCCACGGGCGGCGCCGAGCUGUCCUGCUACCGCUGCAUCAUCCCCUUCGGCGUGGUGGUGCUCAUCGCCGGCGUGGUGGUCACCGCCGUGGCGUACAGCUUCAACUCGCACGGAUCCACCAUCUCCUACCUGGGCCUGGUGCUCCUGUCGGCCGGCGUGGUGCUGCUGGCCUCCAGCGCGGUCUGCUGGAGGGUGAGGCUGGAGAGGAAGAAGGAGAGACGGCGGGAGAGCCAAACGGCGCUGGUCGCACACCAAAGGACUGUUUUCUCCUGAACAAUCGCACAAACCCUCAUUUCUAUAUGACGCCUGAUGUUGGGGUGGUUUGGAGCCGGAGAUGCUGUUCGUGUUUGACGCGCGCCUCUCCAGAACAAAACCCGAUGAAGGGUUUUUUGUCAAACAGACGCCGGGCAUCUGGUGAGCUGGGAACGCAGCCAGGAGGAAUGUAUCACAAUCACAAUUAAGAUGAAUUACCACUGCGCCAAGCCAUGUAGAGGAAGUCCCCCAUUAAUCUGCUCUUGGAAGUGUCAGCUUUGAUUGUGAUGGGAGGGAUGGUGGUCUGAAAAGUCAAGGAAGAGUGAGGGGAAGUGGGAAAAUCGAAGACGAUCACCCGUGUCUCAUUUAAUCUUCAACUUGCUCAUGUCUGUUUAUCAAGACAUGUCAGACAUAUGGUACUUACUUUACCGUUCUAUUGCAUUCUGUCCAGAGUAUAGGCAGAUGAGAUCAUAUGCUGAAUAUAUAUAUAUAUAUUCUCUAAAGCACUUUGAUCCAGCAUAAUCAUCCAUGUCAGUAUUAAACAAUGUAUUUUUACAAAACUUACCAUGACUAAAGUGUGGCAGUAACCUUAUUGUCCACAUUGUGCUUCCAAAUCAUUACAAAAUGUAGCAAAGGUUUUGUUUGGUUUUAUAAUUGUUUGCAUAUGAGAACUGUUAAUGUACCAGGACCUCAUGAGGUUUAAUAAACUCACCAAUACACAAACAUU